CUUCUCUCUCCAGCCAAACAGCCAAUCUUCCAUCCUCCAAAUUUCUUGAUACCCUUUGACUUCGGUCGUCCAUUCUUUUACAGAAUCAGCUAUUCAUCACCGCUCUUCAGCACCUCACAAACCCAACCCCCACCAACCUUCCCCAGUAAUCAAUAUUAUCAAGAUGCGUUUCUCCGUUAUCGCCGCUGCCGUCAUGGCCACCGCUGUCUCCGCAGGUGAAGCUGUUUACUACAGCACGACUAGCACAACCGUCGUUGACACCAUCACUUCCUGCGGACCUGAGGUAACCAACUGCCCGGCCAAGACCUACACCAGCACCCUUUCAAACGCCACCUCUUACCCAGUCUAUGCCAACACCUCUGCUCCCGUCACCACCUCCACCUAUGCUGCUGCACCAACAUACCCAGUGUACCCAGUUUCCUCCCCCGUCUCCCUGGCAACCAGCUACAUCACCACUUGCAUCCCAACUGUGAUCACCAAGGUGUACACCGUCACCCCAACUCCAGUUGCAUCCUCCACUGGAUACAUUUCAUAUGCUCAAAACGCCACCACCCCAUAUGCCACCUCAACCCCAUCACAAUACGCCACCGGUGCUGCAUCCAGCGUCGAGCGUUCAGUUGUUCUCGCAGCCGCUGCUGGUGUUGCCGCUUUCCUCUUCGCAUAAGUCAUUUGCAUUUGAAGCCUGAUUCAAUCGGCCUUCGAUUCAGGCUAUGGCUUUAUGACAGUGGUUCGAUCAAAAUAUUUGGAGCAUGAUUUGUGCGUCUAGAUUCGCAUUAUGUAAUUUCUUAAUCAUGGAGCACGGCUGGGCUGGCUUUGGCACACUUAGGGGCUGGAGUCAAGUAUCAUUAUCGAGCAAGACUUGUUGCAUAAGGGGUCGAUCCUCCGCCUUUGGGUAGCUUAGCGUUAAACGGUCCUCCGAAAUUCAAUUUCUGAAAAUAUUCAAUUC